AUGGAAGAAUGUUUGGUCGCCUUCAAAGGGGAUUAUUGGUUUGAGGGUAAUUAUGUUAAUCUGGCAGCACGGAGGACGGAAUUGUUCCAUUGUUUAAUCACGGUUCAUGGAGAAGUUCUCCAGGAGGGGAAUUUUCCUCUCUUUUUCGAUAACAACGUGAACCGUGACGAGUUUUGUAUUGCGUUAGAGUUACAAGAAGUCUCCGUGGACACACUUCUACCUCUGCUUCACCGUACAUCGGCCAUUUGUGCGCACCUCACCAGACUCAUCCGCUGGAUCGAGUUUCACCAACAGGCACUCCUUCAAGAUCACCGCGAUGCUGAUCCAGAGGCGGUUAUUCUCAUGACGUGUUAUGGAAUGGGGAUUAUGUCGUCUUACGAGGAAGACUCCGUUCCGGAAUACCUUGAAUGGUGGAGAAAGAAGUAUGACCAAGAGUACAGAUCCAACAAAAGAUUCCGUCGCCUUACAGUGGAAAGAGUAGAGCAGAUUAUUAUUGAGUCUGUUCCACCUCAAUCUGCUGAGGCAUCAAACACUGAACCUGACAGGCCCAGUUCAAGUCAGGAGGCUUCGGACCUAAAACUUCUGAGCCCUCCUCGGUUCAAAAACAGCAACAAGGGCCGACACCUUCAUUCAGGCAUCCCGCAUACCAACCGCCAUAUGACUCUCUACCCUUUGCGGGCUCUACUUUCUCUCUGGGUCGGGAGGAUGGACCCCACGGGUUCAGAUCCUCGAGUCGUCGGGGCCAAGGAGGCUGGAAAAGGAGACGAGUAG